AUGACGAGGGUAGCCCAGAUUCGAGAACGAAAGACGCAGGAAGUCAAUCUCUCCAUCCCUGUUAACACUGAAACCAUCGACUUCGCGAGCACCGGCGUGAACCACACAGAGGGAGGGUGGCCCAGGGACAUGUCGACGACAGACAAAGAUCAAAAGGUCCGGUACAGGAAGAAGGUGGAGAAGGAUGAUGUGUAUAUUCACUCUGUUCUACAGCUGGGUCAGAAAGUCGAGCACUGCAUCCGCCAGAACAAUGCCAUCGAUAUCUACGAGAUGUACUUUACCGACGAGGAGAGUCCCAUGGUAGCCGAACCGGAGCCCAUCAAGACCGUGAACGUGAUCAGGGACCCGCAAGGAGGUCAAAGGAUGGUGACCUCAAUUAGUUUUUGCCCCGAAGGAGGUCGGAAGAUCGCUGCGGCCUACUCCUCCUCGAAGUUCAUGGCGCUGACGGACGCUGUGCCCAAAAUGUCGUAUAUAUGGGAUAUAAACACGAGCAGCAGCCCAGAGAUGGAAUUACACGCACCUUCUUGGUUACAGUGUAUCAAGUAUAACAGCAAGGACACACAUGUUAUAGCCGCGGGGCUCCACAACGGCCAGGUGUCCUGGUGGGACACGCGGCAGGGCCCCCGCCCCGUGGAGUCGACGUCGCUGGAAGUGAGUCACGCGCAGACGGUCACGGCGCUCACGUGGAUGGCUCUCAAAGCGCGGACUGAGCUCUUCACGGUGUCUACGGAUGGACAGGUACUGUGGUGGGACACGCGCAAGCUCUCUCAACCCACAGACACCUUAGUCCUUGACCCAUUACGAGAAGACCCACCUGACAUCACCCGGGCUUUGACUGCGACUUGCGUGGAAUACGAGGUCAGCAUGCCCACGAAGUUAAUGGUGGCGACGGAACAAGGGAAGGUCGUGGCCUGUAAUAGACGGGCGAGAAGUCCACCAGACAGGAUUAGCAUGAUCUACAACGCACACAUCGCGCCCAUCUACGCCAUCCAGAGGAACCCAUUUCUUCUCAAAAACUUCAUGACGGUCGGUGACUGGACGAUCAAACUGUGGGCGGAAGAUUUCAAGGAGUCUCCCAUAUUGUGGACCAAGCCUUCGCCGUCACAGAUGCGGAGCGGCUGCUGGAGUGCCACAAGGUCUUCAGUCUUGUUUACAGCCCGGCUAGAUGGCACUCUGGAUGCCUGGGACCUUCUGACCUCCUGGCACGCUCCCUCGGCAUCGGUACAGGUGGUCGACGAAGGACUCGAGGUGGUGGGCGCACACGACGGCGGGCGACUCCUUGUUGUGGGUUCUCAGCUGGGUACCCUCUCUCUCCUGCACGUCCCCUCCAGGCUGGUCACGCCCUCGGACAAGCAUGAAAAGGCCGCUUUUACUUCUCUUCUGGAGCGGGAGACGAGGCGCGAGCGAGUCCUCGAGGCGCGCCACAAGGAGCACCGCCUUCGGGAGCGUGUCCGAGGCGGCGCCGGCAGACCGAGGCGAGAUGAGGAGAGCCUCGAGGGAGACGACGGCGUGAAGCAAGCCGAGGAGGAGUACUUGAGGAGAGUGGAGGAGAAAGAGAAUACGAACACGAGCUGA